AUGACUGUGUACUGCGACAAAAAGUUGACAAUCAAUUAUGUUGAAAACGCAGAAUUUGUCAUCAAAGGAGACUUUAGUUGGGAAAAAAUUAAGAAAGAUUUCAAUUCAAUGCCUGGACAAGGGAGAAUCAACCAAUUAGGUGGAGUUUUUAUCAAUGGUCGACCACUGCCAAAUCAUAUUCGCUUAAAAAUUGUGGAAAUGGCAGCACAAGGUAUACGGCCUUGUGUUAUUUCAAGGAAUUUAAGAGUUUCACACGGAUGCGUAUCAAAAAUACUAAAUCGUUAUCAAGAAACAGGAAGUAUAAGGCCAGGAGUUAUAGGAGGCAGUAAACCUAGAGUUACUACUCCAGAUAUCGAAUCAAAAAUUGAGAUUUAUAAACGUGAUAAUCCAAAUAUCUAUUCCAUUGAAAUUAGAGAUCGACUUAUUAAAGAAGGAAUUUGUGAUAGAACAAGCGUUCCGAGUAUAUCUGUGAUAUCUCGCUUGAUUAAAGAGCAAUAUGCUGAAGAAGUUAAACUUGAAGAUGAUUUUAAAGAAUUUCAAGCAAAGACUGACAAACACAAAUUAAUGAAAAAAUUGAAGAAGAAUAAGGUUCAAGAAGAGUUGAUGGCAAAGUUAUCGAUAAUGGUUGAUACAGUUAAGCAAGGAUCAGGCUCAAAAAAUACGGGCAAUGUAGCAAGACGCUCUACAAAUACGAACAUCAUCCUGUACGAGUACACCUCAGAUGGAUCACCAAAUACUAUUGCAUUGACUGAAAAAUAA